CGAGACGAAGUACACAGAUAUUAAACGCAAAUACACAAACGAUACUUGUCAAAAUAAAACAAAUAUUUGUACAAAAGUAGUGAUUUAAAACUUGGCGAUCCAAAGCAUACCCGUAUCUAAGGAUUUGGAUCCCUAUGUGGAAACAUUUAAGGGUUGUUUAGUUGAUUCAUAAAGGUAUUGGCUAAAAUAUCGACUGCCACUCAGUACAGCUGACUCAUCAGUUUUACUGCGUCAAUACAAAGUGGCAACUCUGUGGCGCAAAACAAGCAACGGUCGGUAAAGAGUACACACGACAAACUACGUAAUAAGCAGUUUUUCACACAUUCAACUGGUGGUUAUAAGAGAGUUUCAGAGGCUGAAAGACACAUUCCACUCUUUGGAAUUACAGUGAAUAUAAAUUUGGAUUCAUACAGUGCUUUGGAAAUAUAAAAAUGAGUAAAAAGAUUUUCUUGUCGCAGAUCAAGUCAGAGGGUAUCCACAUGCAGCCGCCUAGUCACAAGUCGGUAUCGGAUGAGGAGCUCAUAGCCUUGUCCGUGAAAGAGCUGAACCGGAUGCUGAAAGGGCUCACUCGUGAUGAAGUGAUUAAGUUGAAACAGCGGCGGAGAACGCUGAAAAACCGUGGGUACGCAGCAAACUGUAGAGAAAAAAGGAUUUCACAGAAAGAGGUUUUGGAAGUUGAAAAAGAUGGUCUAAGAAAUGAAGUUGAACGUCUGCAGCGAGAAAACGAUAUUGUAAGAAUGGAACUGAGUUCUUUGAAAAACAGAUAUGAUGCUCUGCAAAGGUUUGCUGAAGCAAACAAAAUUCAUGUUGUUGCAGCUCAACCGUUGUAUCUUGGGAACUCCUUGCGUCAUGACUCUCCCCCAACACAGACAAUUUUACCGCAGGUUUCACAGCAAUCAUACAGUCAUCAUGGCUUCCCAAAAUAUUCAGAAUCUAUGCAUCAUGAUUCUGUUAUUGUUAAAUCAGAGCCGCGGCUGUAGCCAUUUUCUGGUGGCAAAAAGGCUCCUACAAACUUCAUCCUAUUCCAUCCAUAGAUUUUCACCAUUAGUUUCAACGAUCAAAGGAUUCAUCACACUAUACGGAUAUAGUUUAUCCAUGAGACAAGUUGCCAGUGGUGACGCAUACGAUACCGCCAUACAGGCAACAAAACAACGAAGUGUUCAUUUGAUAAUCAAACUUAUAAACAAGACAUGACACCCAGCAUGUGCAUAUAUCCUGAAAUGGUGUACAGAAAUAACAUCUGAAGGAUAAAAGAAAACAACAUUGCAUGCACACUAUGGUGUCAGAUAUACUCAGUUUAAAUGUGUACACAGAACAGUAUACAUGUGCUACAUCUAUUUUCUACACUUGUAAAAAUUAUUGGCAAGAAUGUGCUAUAAAAUGUAAACUCUAUGUCCAUUAAUUGCAUUUUGAAGUACUUAAUCAGUUUGAGUACGAAAAUCACCCAAUUCAUCUAAUUCCUAAACAGUGCUCAUUGGUCAACAUCAUUUCCAUGGGAACAUUAAUUUAUACCUCAGAUUCAUGCAUUUCAGACAGCCUCAUUAAUACAUUGUCUUCAUAUUUCGACAUAUUUCAUAUUGACAACGAACUAGUGAUAAGUCAUAAAAGCAUUUGGUUGUGAUUGUUAUGGGACAUGAUUGUUUUCGAUGGCGGUAAUCACUGAUAUUUUGACUGAUAGCAUAGUGUCUGUAUCUUCUCCCACGUUGACAAACAUGUAGUUGUUUACAAAAUGAUGUACAUUGGAUUUGAAAUGCAGAAAAGAUUUUACUGAUUAAGAUAACCAAAAUGAUCAGUCAUAAGUUGCGACUGACAGAUCUUGUCGUAUCACUUCUUGGUAUAUAUAAAAAUAAACAACAUCGCUGUAGGCAUGCAUUUGUAAGUGAGUUAUCUAGCUUAUGUUUAAUGUAAACAACCAACCACAUUAUAUUGCAAAGCAUUAUUGUUUUUUCAAUUUAAAAUCAUUGUUUCAGAUAGAUGAACAACAUCGCAUUUUACUGUCUUACACCCAACACUUUCAAACAACAAGAUAAAACAACAAGAUGUUAUCACAUUUCACUGUCCUGUUGAUACAUUAAAUGUCAUUUUUAUAGCCGGCUCUUUUUUUUUUUUUUCAAACAACAAGAUAUAACAAGAUAGUCAUACAUAAGAUCAGUCUACUGCAGUUUGUUUUGUAAAUGUUCAAGUAUUUAGUUUUUGGUUCAUAAUGACACAUUUCACGCCAACAAAAUGUUUUCAAAUACUUAAAAGUACAUAUGACUUAAGAGCAUAAUAAUGUACUAUUAUAAUAUACAGCAUGGUUUUAAAUAUCUUAGUAUUUUGUACUGAAUGCUAUCCAUGCGUCCUGAAAUCACAUUUAAUUAAGGUAAUGGUACCAUUAUGAAAAUUGGCAAAUUAGUUAUGCUCCUUUUGCGAUAUGGACAUUCUCCGCCCGCUUUUUAAGGAAUACCAUGUGCAUGCUGAGCUACUUUACGUCAAAAGAAGCAUCACGAGAAUAGGUAAUCGUGCGGAAAUUGCCAAGUGUCAUUACCGAUACAGUACCUUAAGGAUACUAGUGUAAAAAGCCUCGUCAAAGAACUUUUGAAAUGUUCUAAUGCACUAUUUUGGUUCAGUACCUUUGUAGCUUAUGUACAAGCGUUUCCAAUUCCAUGUGCUUUUUUAACAGUUGUUAACAUUUUUGUUCUGUAAUUUUACGGGUGCACUUUUAGCUGUAUUUGGUACAUUGCUUAUUGGAUGUUAUAUGAUCGUUAUUACAGGAAAAAGCAAGUGUGGUGUUAUUUUAUGAUACUAAAUAUAAAACUUGAUAAAUACCCAGACACAAUACAGUGUUUAUCAUGCAAGUUAAAUAUUAAUAAAUGGAAGUUGUGACAUGAGUAAUAUUAUCAGUUGCGUUGUACCAAUAUAAUAAUCGCAAAAACUUUCAUGCAAGUUAUGUCAUGUGCUGAUGACUGUUUACUAAAGUGCUAAAUUAUAUACAUCAUGAUUGUUUUCAUUCCCCAAUUUUCUGUUGGCCUUAAUUAGAAUUGUGUUAGUUUUUAUAUCUGACCUUAUUCAUAAAUCUCUAAAAAUAUGGAACCGCAAAAAAAAACUACGUUUCCAGACAGGAAUACAGCAAUACAAUGUCACAAAAGUACUACGUAUUUCGAACUAAAUUUUAUAAAAACAAACAGUAUUUUGAUUAAGGCACAAUUUUCUUAUAUGUGCAUGUUAUUUGGUUUAUUUUACAGUUACUGUUGAAAGUUUCAGUGUACAGUUUUAACAUUCCAUCUGUUUGUGAUAUGUAAAUAUAUACACUCAUACAAUCCUCGUAACCCUUACCCUGCUAAAUUUCUAUAAUGAACUUGUCCAUCUUUCACUUUGGACAGUACCAUUAACACUCAAAAAGGGGUGUUUACCAAAAAAGAUACUGACUGAAUAGCGAUCACUGCAGAUCAUGAUCAGACUGCACAGAUGUGCAGGCUUAUCUUUGUCUGCACUGGUCGCAAAGGCAAAGUCACUUGCCACCAGCAGGCUAAGGGUUUAAUAAAAUAUUGCAUUUAUUUUGUUUUUGUUUGAAGGACAGAUUGUCAUAUCUGACCUAUUGGUACUUUGAUAUGUUAAAAUUUUGCACUUCCUUCAAAAAUUCUGUUUAAUUUUGAAGAAAACUAUUAGAAUCAGACUUUUUCACUUUAUUUCCAUUAGAAAUGAUUGUUAGCUAACUGAAAGGUCUUUUUGUGUUUUGAUUUACCAUCAUGAUGUAAAAAUCUGGCUAAAAUGUUGCAUAUUCUAAGACAAUUGCACUUUUUUUCUCCCCUAUUUUCUUUGAAGUAUUAUUUUUGGGUUUAACUUAAGGGAAUGGCUUGGUUUCAUGUUUUUUUUAAAUUUUUUGGGAUGGAGAUGGGACAUGGAGGGAUUGCUUAAAAAAUUGUAUGAAAAUUACGCAGUUUAUAACUUAAUUGCUAAAAACGUUAUAUUUUUGCAGUAUACAUCAUUAACAUAGUUCCUAUGACUCAUUCAUAUUGCAUAUUUAUUCAUUGAUCGAUGAGAUAUAUUUUUGAUGUGCUGGACAGGGCUGUGCUUUUUGCAGCCUUGUUACUACGUGUAAGAUUUUUUUUUACAUGAAAUGUGGGUGCUAAAUCAAAAGGCUCAUUUUUUGCGUUUAACAUGUUUGACCUUUCUGCUUAAAAUAGUACUUUUAAGAUUUCUUUUUCAAAUCCACAUAUACUGGUAGCAUUGUUUUGAGUUUUUCUUCUUCACAUAGUUCUGUCAUUUUUGUUCAGUUUCAAAACAUGAGGCUACAAGAUUAGAGCUUUUUCAUCAGUGUUUGAAGUAAAUUGCAAAAAAUGAGAAAAGAUUUUAUUUUUUUCUUCAAAAAUUCAUGCUUAAAAAAGUGCUGACAUGUCAAUCUCUGAAACUUAGCAUUUGCGGAAAUUUUGUUAUUUAUAGAAAAAGAAUGCAGCACUAUUUUACCAAUCGGUAACUUUCAAUGACUUUUUCCAUUCAUAGAAAGAAAAAUUAAAAUUUACAUUUUUGUAAAAUUUCAUCAAAUAUCCAAAUAAGUUUAGACUGGUGGUACUAAGUUGUAAAAAAUAAUUGAUAGAAAAAUGUUUGGUUUAUUUUUUUUUUUUUUUUUUUAUAUAAUGACAUAGGUUUUUUUUUUUUUUAAUGACGACCCUCAAGGUAAAAACGUUUUAUAUAAGGUAACUCUAAAAUUAUUUUAAGUUAUAUUUUCCGUGUUAAUACCUUAAAGCAAUUUUGGAUAUUGUUAUAUUAAAAUUUUGCCAAGUAACGAAAGUGCUUUAAAUAUUGUUGUAAAACAGUGUGUAUAUUUCGUGGAGAAAAUUUUAUGAAUUUUUAAUGUUAUUAAAGUUAGGUUUGGUAAUGCUUGAUUUUAGUCUUGUUGUCAAGGAUAGACAUUGUUUUGAAACUGUUUUCAUUUAUGAGCUGUGGUUUACUUGUUUUUGUCUGUUCAUAUGUUUGUCUUUAUCAUUGUAAAGUUUUUUCAUGUUUCCGUAUUUUUUGAGAUAUGUUGUGACAUGUUUGAUAUUGUAUCGAACAAUACAUUGAUGAAAAUGAAAUAAAAUAUGUGAAUGCGA